UCAGGAUACAGUUCAACCUGACUUUAAAGCAGAAAGACCUUUUCUUCCCAGCUCGGUACCGUCUGCCAGCUGGGGAUCAGGGAAAGAUAGCUUCCUCAACAUCAUUUCCUACUCUCUCUUUCUCUCUCUCUCUCUUUCUUUGACUCAUCGGGGCUGAGAAGCAUCCCUCUGUAAACGAGAUGGAUUCUUGCUUGGAUUACCUCUUCUCCCUCUGUUGCUGCUGUGGAUGUUACAGUAGAUACCGUCACUAUGACGAUGACCUCUAUGAACCCUUGCUGCUGGAUACUGAGAGGGAGGCAGUCAAAGAUCUGUUACAUUAUCUCAAUAGAGAAUAUGAAGAGAAGCCAACUAUUUCUGAGGAGCGUUUGGAAGCGCUGUGUACAUUGACUUAUUCAGAGAAUGCAGAUUUACAGAGGUCAGCUGCAUUAUGCCUAGCAGAAAUCAGCGAGAGAUUAAUGCAGCCGAUAUCAUCCAAGGUAAUGGAGCCUAUUCUUGUGUUGAUGGAAUCCCAUGAUGUUGAGACUCAGAAAGCAGCAUCUCUUGCACUCAGUAACUUCGCGCUUUGUGGGCACGAGAGCAACAAGAGUGUGAUUGUGAAGUGUGGUGCUCUGCCCGUGCUGAUCAAGCUACUGUCUUCAAACAAUGUAGAGAUCCAGUGCAAUGCUUGUGGUUGCAUCACUACGCUUGCUACCUCAAAUACCAACAAAAUGGCCAUAGUUUCAUGUAAUGGAGUUCCUCCUCUGAUUGCUUUGACUACAUCACCUGAUAUCAGAGUUCAGCGCAAUGCUGCUGGAGCAUUACUUAAUCUCACUCACAUAGAUUCUAACAGGACGGUGUUAGUAAACCUGGGUGCAGUCACAACUUUCCUGACAUUGCUGCAGUCACAAGACACUGACAUCCAAUACUACUGUGCAGCGGCACUAAGUAACCUUGCUGUGGAUGAGAAGCACCGUGUUUCGGUGGUGAAGGAAGGUAAUCAUCAAGUCAUCAAGAUGCUCAUCAGUCUCUUAGACUCCCCGGCUGAUAAGGUGAAAUGUCAAGCUUGCUUUGCUCUCAGAAACCUAGCCUCCGAUGAUGAGAAUCAGGUUGCCAUAGUAACAUUGGGAGGACUUCCUCAUCUUCAUGCCAUUAUGAAGGAUAGUUCAAAAGAGACAUUGUCAGCCGCCAUCGCUGCGCUGCGUAAUCUCUCAAUCCAUAGACUGAAUGAGAUCCCAAUAGUUGAAGAGGGAUUCUUAGAAGAGAUCACAAGCGUUCUAAGACAGCCCAUGAUGUGGGAUGCACAAUGCCAUGCUGCAGGAACAUUACGUAAUCUAGCUGCUGGGAGUAAGACUAAGAUGAUCCUGAGUUCUGGUGCCCUUGAUGGAUUGAUAUCAGUGUUCUUAGAGUCCACCUCACCUGUUGCCGUCCAGACGGAAGUGACCGCUGCUUUGGCCAUCAUAGCUGGCAAUGAUGAAGCCAAGCAGAUAUUACUCCAUGUUGGUGAGGGGCGUGUUUUCAGCCGAUUGGUAUCUCUAGCAGCAUGCUCACCAAGCAGGGAGGUCCAGUAUAACAGUGCAGGCACCAUUGGACAACUUGCUUUAUUCAGUCUGCAGUCUGAACUGAUUACUCUCAAUAUUUCCAACACUCAUAAAUACCUAACCCGUUUCCUCAGGAGUUCAGAUUCAAACUUUAUCCACAUUGCUCUGUGGACCAUCGUUCAUCUCCUCAAAGCGGAAGCCUUCAGGACAGCAUUUGGUGAAUCAUCAUUACCCAGACUGGUAGACACCAUUCUGACCUCAUCUCAUCCUGAACAACUCAAACAGCUUGCACAGACUGUCCUGGACAACAUGGGCUAACAGUCUCUCUCUGAGCAUGAUGCCCAACCCCAUCUUCAGCAUGAUGGGUUGCCAUGAGGAGCAAUAUGAACUCAUCUUUGAGUGCGAGGUACCGGUCUUUUUUGUGAAGAGCGUGUUUGUGCCUGGUGCAUGAACAGGUCUUAAUUAACUCUGUCGAGGGGCAGUUUUCAAUGGGAAAUAUGAUACUUAAAGGGUGUUUACCUAUCAGAGGUUCUCACAAAAGUGGGUGUUAACAAUUCUAAUCUACUUUCCUGAAAGCUUGAGAUAAACUGACUUAACGUGAAGUUUCUCUAUGAAGAGUAGGGUUGAUGAUAAUAUAUAAGUCCGUAAAUGAUGUGCAAUUCACUGUAUGGAAAUGUGAGAGGAGGAUGUUGUAGGGAUAAGCAAGCCUUGAUUAACUAGCACCUGGAUGGCAAUAUUUAUGAAUCUUACAGCUCAUUGAGCUGCUUUAUGAAGUUAGUUUUUCUUACCUGCAUUCAACAAGUAAUGCUGGAAAACCAAGGCUCAACAGCUGAUAUUCAUAGAGGGAAAUGCUGCAAAUUUUUACUUGCCGGAGAUGGAACUUGUAUUGGACAAAAACAGAGCUAGAAAAUCAAGGCCCAGCAGUUGAUAUCCAAAGAGCCAGAAUGAUAAAACAAUAAUCACUUACCAGUGAUGUAAUCAUUGCUGCACAAUGAAUAUUCAUAAUGAAACAGUGGUGUUAAUGGAUUAAUUUAUUCUUCAAAAUUUUGAAGCACUAAUUGUGUUUAGCAUACCAUCAUCAUUCCAAUAAUGAGUUUGUAAUCAUGUUGAUAUAUGACUUGCAUUAUUUUGGAUGAUCGUUACCUUUUAAUUUAUUGAAAAUUUUUGGAUGUGGAUGCAUAUCGUCAAAAUUAGAGUUGUGGUUUUCAAGCUGUCUCUGGACCAACUAAAAUCAUAAGUUAUGUAGAGAUCUUCUUGAAAGGUCCAAAUAGUGAUCUACCAUAUUGUGAAAUAUGUCUAGCUCACUUUUGACUUAUUUUGUUAUAAGUGCUAUUUUUGUUAUUUUUCUUUUCAUUUUGGAGUGCUCACAGAUUGAAUUUUUGCAAGCUUGUGAAAUAAGUAGUGAGAAGUCUUGGUCUGUGACGCUCCAUAUAAGGAAAAAAAGUUUUUAGUUUUGCUGUGUUUCAUUGUUUGUGUUUGAUCUAUGUUCAUAGUAUGAAUUAAUUAUAUGAUUUCUAGGUGAAUUACUUUAUAUUUGUGUUAGAGUGUCUUUUAUGUUUGAAUGCACCAUUGUUGAGGAUAAAUGGUGUGGAAAUUCUAUGUUUUGUUCUUUUUUUAUAAUUUGCAUUUGUUUCCUUUAAUUUCCCAAAGAAUCCUGUAUGUCACUAAGAUAAUGCACUUGGUUGUAAUCAACUAUUUCCUUGAAAUAUUGCUAGAAUUCACAAAAUUCUUUUACAUUCCAUAUGCACACUGCAUUUCUAAAUGAGACCAAGUGGACCAAGAUAUGAUGUAUCCCCCCUCCAAAAAAAAAGACAUCAACAACAUCGUCGUUGAUGUCAAGUAAGUAGAGUAAAGUAGAGUAAAAAUAUUAAACACAUAAAUAAUCAUAUUUCAUGACCAGUCAGGGUAAAUAGAUCUGUUUAUAGAUUUACUAGGGAUGUUGUUGAGGACAGCCUUGAGGCCACAUUUUUCCAGCCUUGGUCCAAGUCACAUAUACAAAGUCUGUUAGAGACUCUGGACUCGGAACUACCAGCAUUGACUGCAUCCCUGCUAUUUACAAUGCAUGACUUGAAUGCAUACCUUUUCUUGAAAGGAGAGAAUAUUUUCCAAACUACAAAAAUCAAAAUAACCCAAGACAUACGUGGUAUUUCAGAAGAUCACAUAUUCAAUUGGGACCAAGAAACUUGUGUUAAAAGUUUGAUUCACUUUCAGAUCAGACCAUGAAUAUUUUCCCACUUACAAUCACAAAUAAAAUGUACAUAUAAGAUUGUCUCAUGCCAAAAAAAAGACAAAUUUUCCAAUAUUUACCUUUCAAAUUAUUGUAAAAUUGUGAUAAAAAAUGUUUUGUUUCUUCAGGAAUACACUGUAAAAGCUUAUACAUUUACAAAUGUUCAGUCUAUGUAUUAAUGCAGCAAUAUGUUUUUAUUCAGAAAAUUGCUAAAUACAGUGAAGAGUGUUACAUACACAGAAAGAACUUGAUGUGUCAUAAACUGGAUAUUUUCCAUUUGUGUGAUGUAAUGAUAUUAUGUCUUUAUAAAUACAGUAUACAGAUAUUGUACAGCUAUGAUUUAGUGCUUCGUCAUCACAUCACAAAACCCUAUUCUCCAUUGAGUCCAUUCAUUCCUAAAUAAUGCAUUUUCACUUUGAAUUCAUGAUGCAUAUAGAUCACAAAAUAUCACAAUUUAUAUUUGGUUUUGACUUGUUUGUAUAUAAUAGCAGCCAUUUUUUAGUGAUCAUCAAUCUUCAAUGUACAGUGUUCAUUUUUGAUGUACAGUGUGCAGGCAAGGUAUACAGUUGAAAUCUGUAUAUUUAUGCAAGAUAUUAGGUAAUGAACUGAUGUCACAAGGUAUAUGCUACACAUAUUUUAUAAUGUAUAAACCGGGGCAAUAUAUAUAUAUGUUGAUACGGCCAAGUAGAUACUGUGGAUGAGAGAGUUAAUAUAUUGUUAGGUAUUUGGGAUUUCAUAUCAAUGUUCCUUGCCAUGGACUCUGAAAGAAUCAUACUUUGUCUUGGUGUAACGUAUGCUCUAAUCAUUGAGCAAACUUGCUGACAGUUAUAAGUUUAUUUUUCACUUCGACUCCAAUUCACUUGUCAAGAACUUUAUAUUUCAUGAUAUGUGUCAUAAGAUUCAGUAGGUAGAAACUAUCUUGUCUUGGUAUUUUUGGUGUGCAAUUUGGCAUACACACUUUUUGUCAGGUAUGAGUUAUUUUAAUAUUUUGAGCACUGAUUAUGUCAUUUAGAACCAAACCUCUAGUUUAGUUUUGUUAGACAUUUGUUUCACUGCCAAUAUAGUUUUGAGAUCCCCGCUUCUAAUCCAUGAUCAAAAGAAACCACUCCAUUUUCUAAUAGAUGAAUGUUUGAAAAAGCUAGUUAGCAUGAUUGUUACACAGUUAUUUGUAACUGAAAUAGCACUUGUUAAUUAUCUACUUAAAUAGUCUCUCCACAGAGAUGUCAACCAGGAAUGUACUUAAUAAUACCUUGCAUUAUGUUUAGCCUGACAUAGCACAAGUCCCAGGUCACAUGCCAUAAUUCUAGUAUGUAUUUGCAGACUGUUCAAUAGUUUUCUCUAGCUGCCAUAACUUGAUAAGGAUAUUAUUUUUUUUUACAAAUGAUUGCAUCAUGUAAUGAUAGUUCUAUGACUUGUUUCAUAGUACACGAGUCCCUUGUCUCUUACAUUUUGCAUAGUCACUCCUACAUGUUCAUGUAUUGUUUUUCGUGGCUGUGUCCUGGAGGGGUAGAUCGCUUUUAAAGACAAUAUCAGAUUUUUUUCCCCCAUGUUUAAGCUUUCCUACUUACAAUUUUUAAAUAAAUUGCUUGUGUGAACUUGUUUAUUGAUAACAACAGACCAGAUUGCAGUUAGUUAAUCCCUUCAAUGAACCUUAAUAUCCACAUAAUGUUAACAGGUAAAGUAAAUUUGUGCACUUUGAGAAGUAACUAAAAACGUAACUGAGGUGUCCUUUGAAAACUUUAAAUCCCAGGAAAAACUGAUACCUUCGCCUAAAUGCCAUUCAAUGCUUUACAAGUGAUCGGUAGAUUGUUCUGGUGAAUAAUCUGAAUUUGUACACAUUUUGGCUAUGGGCACCCAGAAAGAGCUAUAUUAUUCAAUUUGCAGGCAUCCAGUAUUGCUCUGUAAUAGCCACUGUUGGAAGUUUCAUGUAAGUGGAUUCAGGUUAUUGGCACAUGCUCAGAAUGUACCUACAGAUUGGUGUAUCCAUAGCAUAUGCAGAGUAUAUAUGACCAAAUAUUUGGUUGCAAGAGAAAGGACUCCAGUGGAUAUGAUCCUAUAGAGGGUUUUUAUUUUGUGGGUGUUAGUAGGGAAAAUAUUUUGAAGCAAGGAAUAGCUUUAAUAGUUUACUGCAACAAUUAAUUUCCAUCCAUGUGUUAUGUGUGCAAUGAUGUGUUGAAGUGUUUUAAUUUGUUUAUUCAGGGUGUAUUGGUUUUUGUGUUACUUUUGUUGUUUUAAGGUACAAUGUACAUUGCCAGAUGGUGAUUGAAUUGCAUCAUGGGAUGUCUCAAUGGUAGCUGACUCGUCUCUUUUGUUUUUUUCUUCAAAUAUUUUUGUGCUGAUUUGUAGACUCUGAAGCGGUUCCAUGACAUAUGCUCCGGCGACAAUUGCUCUGCUGUAAAUUCCACAUACUAAUGGAAUGACCAACUUCAACCCUUCAUUUAAAACUGUACCCUAUGCUAAUACUCCAGUCAUAUUUGUGUUACGAUGUCCGUACGACAAGACGAAAACGGCCGAUUUAAUAUUUUUUGUACCAGCUUCAAAAUUAAUAAGACGGCUGUCUUCUACUCGCCAUAUGGCUGUCGUAGAGCAAAUGUGAUUGAGGUAUAAACCUAACAUAGAACCCUAUUGCAACCCUAAUCCUAUACCUCAGACAAAAUAAAGCCCAGAGAAAUUGU